UUCAGAGAGUCUUCAGACCCAACAAUGGCAGAAGCAUUGACAGAAGAUCAAGUGGCCGAUUUUCGCGAAGCUUUCUGUCUCAUCGACAAGGAUUCCGACGGCAUGAUCACAAUGGAGGAACUCGCCAUGGUGAUCCAGUCACUCGACGAGCACCCGACGAAAGAAGAAGUCCAAGAAAUGAUCAGCGAAGUGGAUCUGGUCGGGAGCGGCACGAUAGACUUUGCAGAGUUCUUGAACAUCAUGGGGAGGAAAAUGAAGGAAAAUGUUGGCGAAGAGCUAAGAGAAGCAUUCAAAGUGUUUGACAGAGAUCAAGAUGGAUAUAUAUCUGCCAUUGAGCUGAGGAAUGUGAUGAUGAAUCUGGGCGAACGGCUCUCGAACGAAGAGGCGGAGCAGAUGAUCAGAGAAGCCGAUUGGGACGGCGACGGUCUUGUCAGCUACGAGGAAUUCACGAGGAUGAUGAUGAUAUUCUAGGCUUCACCCGAUUGCGCUUGGAAAGAUAUAGCUGAGAGAAAAAUGGGAUCGACAAGUUAUGUAGAUCGAUCACUUUCAUCAUGAAUAAAUUCCACUUCUUUGAAAAAUAUAAUCCUUGUUAUAAGAAUACAGGCAUGCCCAUAAAUGAAAUGAUAUUCUAAU